AUGCGUUCCCCAAUCUCUGCUGCAGUCAUUGCCUUUCUCAGCUGUGCGGAUGUCAGUUCUGGUUAUGUCCCAACAUACCGUGACGCUCUUGCACAACAGCAACAGCGCCGUCAAUCUGUAACAAAGCCGCUCCAGGGUUACGCCUUUCUCUAUUUUACCGGCAAUACUGUUGCUGGCGAAAACAUCUACCUCGCUGCUAGCAAGGGGAACGAUGCGCUUCAAUGGAGUGAACUCAAUUCCGGGAAACCGAUCCUUAAGUCUUCAUUCGGCACCAAAGGUCUUCGCGAUCCCUUCAUACUCCGUUCGCAGGACGGAAAGAAAUUCUAUCUUUUGGCAACUGACCUUUCAAUCGGCUCAGGCACACAGUGGGGCGAUUCAAUCAAGAACGGAAGUCGUUAUCUUGAAAUCUGGGAAUCAACCGAUUUAAUCACCUGGUCUGCGCAAAGACAUACUUUGGUUUCACCGGCAGCUGCAGGGAAUACUUGGGCUCCUGAAGCCUACUGGGAUGCAGCUCUCAAUACCUAUGUCGUUUUCUGGGCAAGCGACUUGUACGCAAAAACCGACACUAACCAUUCAGGAAGUUCGUAUCAGAGGAGGUUGAUCUCCAAAACGAGCGACUUUGUUACAUUUAGCGAACCCGAAAUAUGGCAGGAUGCAGGUACGGCUCGGAUUGAUUCGACUGUUCUUGAAGAUAAUGGGAUGUAUUACCGAUUCACAAAAGACGAGGGAGCAGUGACUGGAUGUGCCGAUAUUAUCCAGGAGAGCUCAUCUGUGCUGCAAGCUACAUUGUCAUCCUGGAAAACAAUCGCGAGCUGUAUUGGAAAGAACGCUGGAACCUCCGCCGUGGAAGGACCAACCAGUUUCAAGGCAAAUGCGGGGGACGUCAAUGGACAAAAUUUCUACCUUUUUUUGGACGAGUAUAACAGCCGCGGAUACAUCCCACUGGAAACAGCCAGCAUCGCGAAUCCGGAAUGGAAGGUCUCGAACUCGUUUAGUCUCCCUGCUAGUCCUCGACAUGGAACUGUGAUUCCUGUCACUGCUGCGGAGCUUGCAGCCAUUAGAGCCCAUUAUGGGGUUGUAUCAGCAGUUACCGAGCGAACAGCUCUUUCUAAACGUUCAAGUCCAGUCCUCACAGGUCUAUAUGCAGAUCCCAACAUUGCCGUGUUCGGCAAAACUUACUACAUAUAUGCAACAACUGAUGGCUAUCCCGGCUGGGGCGGAAACGUCUUCUACGUGUGGUCCUCGACCGAUCUCGUAUCCUGGACACGCUCUACUGAACCGUUCUUGACUUUGAAUGGGACAUCAGGGAACGUACCUUGGGCGAUAGGAAAUGCAUGGGCACCUACUAUCACCGAGAAGGAUGGAAGGUACUAUUUCUACUUUUCCGGCCACAAUCCUACAUACGAUCGCAAGACAAUCGGUCUCACAUUUUCUUCCUCGCCAAGUGGUCCUUUUAUUGCGGAGCCAGAAGCUAUGAUCAUUAAUGGUGGCAACGAGACCUUGAAAUCUGGCCAGGCUAUUGAUCCAUGCGCGUUCUUGGAUCCAGUCAGCGGGAAGCAUUUCUUUCUCUGGGGCAACGGAGCCGCGUUGAUGGGAGAGAUGGCGGAGGAUUUAAAAAGCUUAAAAGGGAGUACUGUGCGCGAUAUUACCUCUAACCUGACGGACUUUCGUGAGGGUUUAUUUGUCGUAUACCGAAAGGGUCUCUAUCAUCUCACUUACAGCAUCGAUGAUACUGGAUCCGUCAAUUAUCGAGUUGGAUAUGCGACUUCGAAAUCAGUUUGGGGGCCAUGGACAAAUAGAGGUGUGGUGUUGCAGAAGCGAGAGGACUUGGGGAUUGAGGCGACGGGACAUAAUAGUAUGAUACGGGUGCCGGGUACUGAUAAUUGGUAUAUGGCGUAUCAUCGUUUUAGAAUUCCCGAUGGCAAUGGAACGAAUAGAGAGACGACAAUUGAUAAGGUGGAGUGGGAUGCGGAGACCGGGCUUAUGUUAGAGGUUGUACCAACGUUGGACAGUGUACAGGCAGAGACCAUUGUUGUGUAG